GUAGAGGACACGACAUCAUCAACACCGCGGCAUCUAGUCAUUCGUCAACGUAACCUCCCACGCUCUUUUUCCUCGGGGUAGGCGUUAUCACAUAGUUAGGUCAAACGUAUUCCGUCAAGAGAUUGUUCCUCGUUCCAAUCCGAAUCCAAGCAUCGUCGUCGUUGAACCUGCACCAGAUUGGAGACGGUGCCCAAUUCAUACCAUCCGUGUUAGCGACGCCGCUAUCGCCCGGCAGACAGGACCCGCCAAGCAUCCGAUAACGAAUCAACACCAACUGCGCAGUCGUUUGCUCUACAAACAUAUCACCAUGGACCAGAUGAUCGGUGGUGGUGGCGGCGAUGCCGGGCGCUUCCCGCUUGAGACGUGGUUCUGGGAGAUGCCCAUCUGUACAAGGUGGUGGACGACGGCAACGAUGCUCAUGAGUGGCUUGGUCCAGUGCGAGCUUAUAACUCCCUUCCAGCUCUUCUAUAGCUACCGCGCCGUCUUUGUUAAGUCACAGUACUGGCGACUACUCACCACCUUCCUCUACUUCGGGCCCUUCUCCCUCGACCUUCUCUUCCACGUCUACUUCCUGCAACGCUACUCUCGAUUACUCGAAGAAUCGGCAGGCCGAUCACCCGCCCACUUCUCAUGGCUGUUACUGUACGCCAUGGUGUUCCUCCUGAUCCUGUCGCCGCUCGUUUCCAUGCCAUUUCUUGGCCAUCCGCUUUCGUCGACGCUGGUUUACAUAUGGUCUCGCCGUAACCCGGAUACCCGGUUAAGCUUCCUUGGGUUACUGGUGUUUAGCGCACCCUACUUGCCAUGGGUACUCAUGGCUUUUAGCUUGACCCUUCAUGGCACAAUUCCUAAGGAUGAGUUGAUGGGCAUGGUCAUUGGCCAUAUUUGGUACUUUUUCACCGACGUGUAUCCUCCUCUUCACGGCGGUUCAAGACCCCUUGACGCGCCCAUGUGGUGGCGUCGUAUUUUUGAGGGCCGGCCACGCGAGGAGACCACGGAUGGUAUCAACAACGAGAUUGCAGUCGCUGGCGCUCCCGAAGUUGCGCCACCCGAGGUCCGCUAAGGCGUAUGAAUUGGGGAAUGGGAAGCCGGUUGUACAAUCCUAGUCAGGACCACGGGCUACAACUGCAUGACAGGUUAGGUCAUGCUAAUUUGCUGAUAUUUCUGUUUUAAAAGGAGGAUACCAGGCGUUUUUAGGGAAUUCGGGAUCAGUUGACACAAGACACUCAUUCACUACGGCACAAAAGCAGCGAACUUUGUGCAUGCGGUCUUGCGGUUUCGUUCAGGAC